AUGACUCAAUCGAACUUCCCCAUACUCGCCUUCUUCGGAGCAACAGGUGGAUGCACCAUCAACUGCUUGGUUCCCUCACUCAAUGCCGGCUACCACUGCAAUGCCUUGGUGCGCAAUCCUCAAAAGCUUCAGGAUAUGCUCAUACAACAGCACGGACUAUCCGAAACUACACUGCACAAACUCCUUACCAUUGUGAAGGGGAACGUCACUGAUGUGGCUGCUGUACGACAAGCUCUUAUCGGGCCAAACGACCAGCCCGUGAAUCUCAUCAUUUCCGGUAUUGGGGGUCAAAUGUCGUUCAGCAACCCCUUGCGACCUACGCUAGUUGACCCAACUGUUUGUGCUUCAGCAAUGCAGACAAUUUUGGCUGCUGCGCGUGAGUUGCCGAACGCCCCACAACUGGCGGUGAUUAGCACCACCGGCAUCGACAAGAAGCGAGAUCUCCCUAUUGCAAUGAUGCCUCUCUACCACUGGAUGUUGAAACAGCCACAUGAGGAUAAGCGCAGUAUGGAGGAAAUGAUCACCAAGGAAUUGGACCAGCCUGCCGACUACCGUGCAAUUUCCAAUUAUACCAUUAUUCGCCCUAGUUUACUGACAGAUAACGAAGGGAAUGGCAAGCACGAGGUUAAAGAGGGUACGGCGGAAGAGCCUGCGGUCGGUUAUGUUAUUGCCCGCGGCGAUGUUGGUCGUUGGAUCUUUGAGCGAGUCGUGCGCGAAUACAAAGCUGACCUGGGCCAAGGAUUUCCUGUUGCGGGCAAGAUCGUCACAAUCACUACUUGA